GAAAUUGCGUUGUGGUUUUCUAGAAUGAGAGCCAAUAGAAUUCUUUUCUGACAUAGUAGUAUGAUCUUCAAAAAUUUAUUUCUUUCUCUCUCCUCUCAUUCUAACUGGUUUUUAACACAGACCAUUUUUCUUCAUCUCUCUCUCUAAAAACCCUAAUUCAACACUUUCUCUCCUCUCUUUCGAACAUGACAAGAUCAGAGUGAAUGCUGUUUGAGCGAUCAGUUGUUGCUGCGUAGAUGUAGAGAGAAAUGGAAGCUAAUACUUGUGAUAUAAAUCACUUGGAUGCUGAUGUGCUUUUACCGCCUCGAAAGCGGCUUCUUGCUGGGCUGAAAAGACAGAAUUCUGAUGUGAAUCCGCAAACUCCUACCAGUGCUUCUAAUGGUGGGAGCGAAUUUGAUUCCCGCGUUAAUAAUUUAAUGAAAUCUCAUUUGAGUAACCCUAACUUAUCAAAUGAGGAGAUUGUGGAGGCGUCUAGAUUGGCUGCCGUAGAAGCAGCCAAGGCAGCACAGGCUGCUAGGGCCACAGCUGAAGAGAAAGCUGCAAAAGCAGCUAAGGCAGUGGCUGCUGCAAAGAGUGCCCUAGAAUUGGUUGCUACUGUCUCUGAGGAGAUUGAUAAUGGAGAAAAAUACUUGAAGAAGAACAAGAUGAAGAAGCAUGUACAAGUCCAAACUUUGUAUAAUAAGCCAAGAGGGUCUCAAGGAUGGAAAACAGAUGAAGAAUUAGCUCGAAAGUUGCAUCGGGCCAUCAACAGUUCCCCGAGAAUAUUGAAGAACACUUCUACUUCUGACUCCAAAAGUCACAAACAUAAGAAACUUAAAAGGUCAUCUUCUUUUGAGAAGACAGCAGUUAGUAAUGGUGGUACUGUUUUGCAUGUAAACCAGGCUUUGGCUAGCAAUGGUAAUGGUAUAGCUGGUGGGAUGGAUCAUGAUGGUUCUGUCCAGGAUGGUUACAGGGCAAAAGUAGAUUUAAACAUACCAAAUUUCAAUAAAGCUGAUGGACAGAAGAUGGAAAGUAGGGAAAUGUUGAAACAUAGUAAACCUGACUUACUAAUCAUGGAAAAUGGGGAACCAGAUGCAGUUCAAUCGAGUAUGAAAGUUGGGGUUGAUGAUGAUUCUGGCCUUGGUAAAAAGAAGGGGAAGAUUAAGCAGAAAAAGUUGCCUUUGAGCAUUUGUAGUAUUAGGGAUCUAGAGAACCCUAAGGAGGAUCUGAAAUCUAAGAGCUCGUCUACAACUGACAACAAUAGGGCCAAAGUUAUUGGCAAUAGUAAGUCCAUCUUUUCUGUAGGGCCUUCUAGUGAGGGUGUCAUGCCAGUUGAGAGAACAUCGAUGUGGAAGUGUCAGGCAUUCAAGGCUCCUGCUUGUGUCAAACAAAAUAAAGUGAUGCAGUCUUAGUGUUCAUAUCUGAAUUUCAGCAAUUGGCGGCUGCUAUUGUAGGAGUUGUGAGCUGUGGUAGUUUUUUAAAUUUAUGCAUUUCAUAUAGAUUUGAUCCCCCCCCUCCCCCUCACCCUGUUGGUUUUUUGCUUGUCAAUGGCACUGUAAGACUUGAAGUUACUUAUGUGUAUAUUGAAGUUUUUUCAAAUUGCUUGCUUAUACAUUUUGUGCCAA